AUGGUUGCAGCAAGCUUCCUCUUGCUAACCGUCAUCCUAGCUACAGCCAGCACCACCGCCGCCACCUCCUCCGUCGCCAUCAACGCGAGCAGAACAUCCAGAUCCAACGGGGGCUGCAUCCCGGCCGAGAGGGCCGCGCUGCUCUCCUUCAAGGCCGGCAUCACAGGCGACCCGGGCAAUCGUCUCAUCUCAUGGCAGCAAGGUGCACAUGACUGCUGCCAGUGGAGCGGCGUCACCUGCAGUCGCCGGACAGGCCACGUCAUCAAGCUCGACCUCCGCUAUGAUGAUUCAGUACAGGAUUAUUAUUCCGAUUAUGACCCUGAAAACCACUCGCUGCGAGGACAGGUAUCUUCUUCGUUGCUUGCUCUCCGACGCCUCAAGUAUCUCGAUCUUAGCCAGAACUAUCUCCUUGGAGAUGCAAAGGCUAUGCCGGGGUUCUUGGGAUCUCUCCAGAGUUUGACUUACCUCAACCUCUCCAACAUGGAUUUUCAUGGCCUAGUGCCACCUCAGCUAGGCAACCUCUCCAACCUAGUGCAGCUUGACAUACAAGGCGAUAUUUUUGGCCUUUACUCAAAUGAUAUAUCUUGGUUAGCGCGUCUCCACUCGCUAGAGCAUCUUAACAUGCGUUGGGUCGACCUCACCGGAGUCGCUGAUUGGGUCCAUAGGGUCGAAGUACUUCCUAAUUUGGCGGUACUGAUUUUGUUUUGCUGUGGCCUUACUGUACCAUCGUCGUUUGUACACCACAACCUUACAGUUCUUGAAGAGCUUGACCUCUCUGGUAACCAAUUCAGCAGUCCAGAUACACCCAACUGGUUAGGGGGUGUAACUAGCCUCAAGAGCCUACGGUUAGCAGGAUGUCAAUUAUCAGGCACGUUUGCUAACAAGCUGGGAAACUUGACCCUGUUAGAGAACUUCGACUUUGGAUUCAACAACGUUGAUGGGAUGAUACCAGGAGCACUGAAAACAAUGUGUAAUCUGAAGUCACUAGAUCUCACUGGCAACAACAUCAGCACAGACAUGAAAGAGUACAUUGACUUUUCUGAUAAUAAUUUGGAAGUUAUUAUCGACUCGCAUUGGGUACCUCCGUUCAAAUUGGAAUCAGCAUGUUUAUCAUCUUGUCUUUUGGGUCCCAAGUUUCCUAAAUGGCUUCAUUGGCAGAAGGGCAUUCGUGAACUUAUGAUUUCAAACACAGGUCUAGUUGAUAGGGUACCAGAUUGGUUUUGGACUACCUUUGCUGAAGUUACAUGGUUGGACAUCUCCCUGAAUCAACUAAGCGGCGACUUACCAAUCAAUCUGGAGUUCAUGUCAGUGGUCACACUUUUGAUGCAGUCAAAUCUACUGACAGGUUUGAUACCCAAGUUACCAAGGACAAUUAAGUUAUUGGACAUAUCCAGAAACUUCUUAAAUGGGUUUGUAGAAGAUUUAGGAGCUCAGAAUUUGCAAGUUGCAGUUCUGUUUUCCAAUGCUAUAUCUGGGACUAUUCCAACGUCGAUUUGUCGAUUGCAGAAAUUGCGGAUCUUAGAUCUUUCAAACAAUCUACUUUCAAAGGAACUUCCUGAUUGUGGCCAAAAAGAGCUGAAACAGCAGAACUCAUCAGGCAAUAACUCUACAAAAUUCAUUUCAGUGAGUUCCUUUUUGAAAAUCACUACUCUUAUCCUAAGCUAUAACAAUUUUUCAAGUGGAUUUCCUCUGCUCCUACGACAAUGUCCGAGUCUUAUUUUCCUCGAUCUAACUCAAAAUAGAUUCACUGGAGAGUUGCCUGGGUGGAUCAGCAAAGCCAUGCCCGGUUUGGUUAUGCUACGGUUAGGAUCAAACAACUUUUCUGGUCACAUUCCAGUUGAAAUCAUGGGACUUCAUGCUAUUUGUAUUCUUGAUUUAUCCGAUAAUAACUUUGUUGGGGUCAUACCGCCAUAUAUAGAAAACUUGAAAGCUUUGAGUAACACUGAUACAAUAUUUCGUGAUCCCUUUGAAGAAGAAGAAAUUGGUGAGUACCGUUCACUUCGUAUGGGAACGGCUAAUGGCAGCUUCACGGUUGUCAUGAAAGGAAAAGUGAUUGAGUAUGGAGAGAAUAUUGUAUAUUUGAUGAGCAUUGAUUUGUCUCGCAACAAUUUGACUGGAGAAAUCCCUGAGAAACUAAGCUCCCUUGUUGGUCUCAUAAGUUUGAAUUUAUCAUCAAACUUGUUGAGUGGAAAUAUCCCGUAUAAUAUUGGCAUACUUCAAUUAGUGGAGUCUCUUGACCUCUCGAGGAACAAACUAGCUGGUGAAAUCCCCAAGAGCUUAUCAGAUUUGACAUACCUGGGCUAUUUAAACUUGUCAUACAAUAAUCUGUCUGGAAGAAUACCCUCGGGGCAUCAACUUGACACCCUCAAUACAGAUGAUCCAGCUUCUAUGUAUGUUGGAAAUCCCGGUCUUUGUGGACAUCCAAUUCCAAUGCAAUGUCCUGAUCCUCCUACAGAUCCGCCAACCAACAAAGAUCCAACAAGGUUGCCUGAAGAUGGCUUGUCUCAAAUAGAUCUUCUUCUUGGGUCAAUUAUUGGUUUUGUGGCGGGUGCUUGGAUGGUGUUUUUUGGACUUCUCUUCAUGACGAGAUGGAGGUAUGCUUAUUUUGGGCUACUCGACAGGCUAUAUGACAGGUUUUAUGUCAUUUCUAUUGUUACUUGGCAAAAGUGGUUCAGACCAUGGGUGUGA